GUCAAUUCUUUGUCGUUAUCGCGCCACAGGCUUAGCUGGCAGUCUUAGCAUCUAAUCGCUGUGGUCUAGUUCUUACAGUUCCGGCUGGCUGCCGCAUGGAUGCCUCGCCCUAAUCUCAAACGACCCCGAAGGCCUUGGUGUAUUGCCAUUGCCGUUGCCAUAGCCCUGGUGGUGAUUAUCGUCAUUGUUGUGCCAUGCGCGGUCAUCUUGACUCGCAAGAACCACGGCGAGAAGACCAAUGUUUUGUUUCCUUUGUAUAUCUGGCCCACGAAUGACACUACAUGGGAUCCCCUCUAUGAUUCGGUCACGGCGCAUCCGGAUCUGAACUUCACUGUUAUCAUUAACCCGUCAAGCGGACCCGGGUCCAGUGCCUAUCCAUCAGACGAGUAUGCCACCCAACUGGAACGACUGAGCACGUAUGCCAACGUGCGCAAGGUUGGAUAUGUGCGCACAGGGUAUGCCACUCGCAACAUCACUGCGGUGCUAGACGACAUUGCCACUUACGCCGGGUGGUCGAACGAAUCCCUCAAUCUUGCCAUGGAUGGCAUCUUCUUCGACGAAGCUCCAUAUGACUACGCAGCCGCGAAGGUCGAUUAUAUGAAGACCAUUAAUGAGGCCGUCAAAAAUUCCUCGGGGUUGGUCCGAGAUCGCAUGGUGAUCCACAAUCCCGGCACUAUCCCGGACAGUCGCUACGACACUAACACGACGGACGUCACCGUAGUGUUUGAAAGUUCCUACCAGGAUUAUUUUUCGCUCCGGCAUAGUCUCAAGGCGAUGAGCAACGAUCGGACAGGGUAUGCGUACAUGCUGCACUCGGUGCCUGACAAUCUCAGCAACAGCACACUGCGAAAAUUUGUCGAUCAGAUGAGCCGAAAGGCCGAGUACCUAAUAACCACAAACCCCCACCUCCCCUUCCUAAUAAUCAUCAACCCGAACAGCGGGCCCGGAGCCCAUCCCUCCCCAGACGCAAACUACGCGCGCGAACUCGCCCGCCUAAUCACUUACCCUAAUGUUACUACCGUCGGGUACAUCCGCAUUGAUUACUGUCGGAAGCCAUUGGCGCAGGCGUGCGAGGAGAUUGAUCGGUAUGCGUCUUGGGCGGAGAAAGGGCUAGGUGUCGGGGGGAUUAUGGUGGAUGAGACGCCGAAUCAUUAUCAUGGGGGGAAGGAGGAGUAUCUUUUGGAGUUGAAGGAUUGGGUUAAGGGGAGGGAGGGGUUGGUGGGGGAGAGAUUGGUCGUUCAUAAUCCCGGCACGCCCCCCGAUGUUGCAAUGGCGAAUACAUGUCCCGAUCUAAUUCUCGUGUGUGAGGAGCCCUAUGCCCGAUAUCAAUCCCUGGAGGUGCAGAACCGCCUACGUGAAUUGCACUAUCAUCGGGAUCGAUGCGGGUAUAUGGUUACGGAGGUACCGGGGGAUGUAAAUAUGUUUGAGUUGGUACGAGAUCUACGGUCUCGAGCGACGUGGAUUUUUGUGACGGAGAUUGUGGGGGAUUUUUAUGAGAGGUUUGGGCCGAGUAGUUGGGGGCGGUUGAUGGAGGCGUUGUCGGUGAUGGAAGUGCAGGAAGUGGAGGAGGAGGAAAGGAAAAAAUGACUAAAAGGAACGAAGGAACCGCAGAAAUUGAAAGGGAGAAGAAGGGGCAUGAACCUGUGGAGACGUUGGGUUUGGCGGGUUGGGAAUAGGAAAGUUGAGGAAGGAAAUUAGGGCGCACGCAAGGGUCGCUCCGUAUGGGCCAAUUUCAUUUUAUUUUUCGAGGGAGAUUAGUUAGCGCUUAUCGGACAGUCGGAAGAAAGGACGGUGCCUUGUGCCUGUGCCUGUACCUGUGCCUUGAUUCAGUCGGAGAUUCUGGAAUCGGGACAGAGUUAGCGUUUUUAGUCGCGUGGUUAGUGAGUUUAGUGUGCUUAGGGUGGUGGCUAGUGAGAUGCGAUGAAUCAACCUGGAGCAAAUCAUUCUCUGCAGGUCCAGUUGCCUGAUCCCGGUGCAGGUACACCUCACUCUCCUCGAUACGAUACGAUGGCGG